UGUUUUUAUACCAAACUGGACACAAAGUGUCCUGAUUGUUUUCAGAAUGACCAGGGUCGUCCAUUAGUCACCCAAACUCUGGAGUUAGGAGAGGAAGGGAGGAAAGGAUUGAUGGACAGAUGGGAGAGUUCCAUUCACUUUUUCACUUCAACUUCAGAACUCUGCAAGUAUGACGACACAUUUGGUUGCUAUUACUACACAUCAUACUUUCCUUAAAUAUCUUUUGUAAAUGAAUCAGAGACAACAGGAGGAUUUGGAUUCUUCUGAACGUCAUUUGUAUACCCUAACACCAAUAUAAGACUCAACACUGUAACUACAGAGCAGUUCUUCUGUCCUAAAUACCAAACUACCACCAUGGCCAGGAUCGGCGCUGGGUUUGAUGACAACUCCUUGAGCAGUGAAGACAGUUACGACCACGUCUUCACCGCCACAGACUCCGCCACAGUCAAAGGUUUGUACUUCCAGCGAGUUCAGCUGCUCUGCGGGCCAGCGGCGUCGUGCCGGUACCUCGACCCCUCCCAGCAGGCCCUCGUCAACGUGGGGGGCAUUCGGUACGCCUUCCCUUGGAGCACCCUGGAGGAUUUCCCCCAGAGCCGCCUGAGUCGCCUGCGCUUCUGCACCACCCUGAGGGAGAUAGCAGAGUUCUGUGACGACUACGACGAGAUGCGACACGAGUUCUUCUUUGACCGUGACCCUUUAGCCUUUCGGGCCGUCGUCAACUUCCUGGCAAAAGGGAAGUUGCGUUUACUGGAGGAGGUCUGCAACGUGGCGCUGCACGGCGAGCUGCUGUACUGGGGCAUCGAUGUAGGACAGAUGGAACCCUGCUGCCGCCACCGGGUCAUCUGCUCUGUGGAGGAGGUGGCCGAGCACCAGCGCAGGGAGGACAAGUGGCGGCGGAGAAGGAGGGCGCUGAGGGUUCCGGUGGCAGAGGGAAGCCUGUUCCACAUGCUGGGAGAAGCGGUGGAGAACCCUCAAUCAGGGUUAGCAGGGAAAGUGUUUGCCCUCCUGUCUGUCAUCAUGGUGGUGGUCACCGUGUUCAGCCUGUGCAUCAGCUCGCUGUCAGACCAACAACAGGAAGAAGCCACGGGUAAAUGCUCCCAAAAGUGCCGCGACUUGUUUGUGGUGGAGUCCGUUUGUGUCGCCUGGUUCUCCUUAGAGUUUCUAGUGCGUUUUUUCCACGCGCACAGCAAGCUGGAGUUUGCUCGUGGCACUCUGAACAUAAUCGACGCCGCUGCCAUCUUGCCCUACUAUGUCUCGCUGUUUGUGGAGCUCAGGGACGAGUCUGUUCAGGACGUCGUGGCCAGUGCAGGGAAGAACACCCUGGACAAACUGGGUUUGGUCCUGCGUGUGAUGAGGGCCUUGCGCAUCCUGUAUGUGAUGAGGCUGGCCCGCCACUCUCUGGGCCUGCAGACCUUGGGGCUGACCAUCCAGCGGAGUAUGACGGACUUCGGCCUGCUGCUUCUCUUCGUGUGCGUCGCCGUGACGCUCUUCUCCCCUCUGGUACACCUGGCUGAGAGCGAGCUGGCUCCCAACGCCGCCAGCUCCCCCCAUCUCAGCUUCAGCAGCAUCCCGGCGUCGUACUGGUGGUCCAUCAUCUCGGUGACCACGGUGGGCUAUGGCGACAUGGUGCCCCGCAGCGUCCCCGGCCAACUGGCGGCGCUGAUCAGCAUCUUAUCGGGGAUCCUCAUCUUGUCUUUCCCUUCCACGUCUAUCUUCCACACGUUCUCCCGCACCUACAUGGAGCUCAAGGUGGAAAACGAGAGGCUGUGGAAGGAGGAGAGGGGCGCUGAGCUUGCCACAGAGGCCGAGGAGAGCAUGAAAGAGAGAGAAACUUGGCCUGAUAACUGGCCAGAAAAAGAUUUUUUACCUGGUCUAGAUGAUCCGUAUUACCUUUUCAUGAAAGACAUAUCAGUGCUGGCUCGGAGCAAAUCUCCAGUGACUUGUUGAGUCCACAGAAAUAUACUUUGGCCAAAAGUCCGUGCCAGACAUCUGAGGCCAACCUCGCUAACACUCUUUUGGCUGAACAGGAGCUAAAUCCUGCAGCUAUACGCUCUGAAUUACUGUAGACAGGCCUCCCAGAAGAGUGGAGGCUGUUAUAGCAGUAUAAAAGGUUAUUGGUGAUUUAGCUUCUCAAAUGAAAUCUUGUAAAGUGGGUGUUAAAGGGGACAUAUCCUGCUCAUUUUCAGGUUCAUAUUUGC